AUUAUCAGAGUGUAUUUUUGUUUUGUUGCCAGCUAUGUGCCUUCCCAAGGUGACAGAGUAGUGUUUGAAGCACUUUCUGGAUGUCCAUCUGAAGAUCUGCCACAUGUUCUACGCUGGUAUAACCACAUAGCAUCAUUUGGAACUGAAAAAGCCACAUUUCCUGGCAGCAAAAAAGAUCUUGAUAGCUAUGGUGCUGGACCAGUAACCAAUGGCACCAAAAAAGACGAUGACGACGACUUUGAUCUCUUUGGUUCAGAUUCUGAAGAGGAUGAUGAAGAGGCUGAGAAACUUAAGCAACAGAGAUUACAACAAUAUGCUUCCAAGAAAGCUAACAAAAAGACAGUUAUAGCCAAAUCUAGUCUUCUUCUUGAUGUAAAGCCCUGGGACGACGAAACAGACAUGAAAGAAUUGGAAAAGCUUGUUCGCAGCAUUGAGGCUGAUGGUCUGCUCUGGGGUGCAUCAAAGCUCGUCCCUCUCGCAUAUGGCAUCAAAAAGUUGCAGAUCAACUGUGUCAUUGAAGACGACAAAAUCUCAACAGAUUUCCUGGAGGAGGAAAUCACAAAAUUUGAAGAUUUUGUUCAGUCUAUGGACGUUGCUGCCUUUAACAAGAUCUAAUGUCAUAACACUUGAAUAGUCAAGUUAAAUGCAAUUAAAUAAACACAAAACAAAGACCACCAA